UUGCCGCAAACUCUGUUGGAUCAGCUGAUACACUUCAUCAAUGGCUACAACAAUCCACAGGGCUCCCCCAUUGCCGCAAACAAAUAAAAUCAUUGAACCUGGUCAAUGGUGAUUCAACCAUAAAAUACAAAAACAAAUAAUGACGCUACAAUGCCGAGUCUGCGGGGGCGUCAUCUACAAUGCAAAGGCUAAGAAUCUAUUUCAGAAGGAGAACUUUAAACUGCUGCUGAACGUCGAGUUGGUGGUCGGGACUUUGCUCGUUAAUGAUCCAGAGCUGCCAAGAUGCAUCUGUGCUUGUUGUUUGCACGAGUUGAAUCAGGCAAUCGUGUUCCGAAAUCUCUGCAUCCAGACUCAGGAGAAACUGUUGGAGAAACAACUCCGCAGCAGGACUCCUUUAGAGUUAGCGACUGACUAUGAUGAGGACACAGAAAUAAAGCGUGAGAUUCAAGUGGAAGAGCUGUUAGACCCAGAAGAGGACGACAACGAUCCACUAAGCAAAAACAAUGGUGAAGCGGAGGAUACUGCACAUUAUGCAGACUCUCUUAUUACGAGUCUAAAGAUAGAGCUGUCCGACUCAAGCAACUCAGACGGUGGAUCCUCUCCCGCCGACAAGGUGGCACCAGUGUCGGUUACCCAAACCAGGAGUAGGGAUCGACCCAAGAAAGUUGCAGCAGCCACAACGCCAGCUGGCACAGCCAAAAGUACACGCAGAAGAUACGUGACUUGGAAUAACUUGACAGAGGAGGAGAUAGUCGAAAGGAAGCGUCAACAGCGUCGCCGGGAUUGUGUCUGCGAGCAGUGCGGCAGGCACUUCACCGAUCAGAGCAACUUCAAAUUGCACAUGCUGAGGCAUACGGGAAUCAAGAAUUUUGCGUGCCCGGACUGUGGCAAAAAGUUCUACACAGAACAUUUGCUGUCGCUUCACAUAAGGAUUGAGCACAGAGGCGAGAAGCCCUAUGCCUGUAAAUACUGCAAGAAGGCAUUUAAAAAUAGUACACCCCGCACCAUUCACGAGCGAAUUCACUCAAAAGUACGACCGUAUCCCUGUUACUAUUGCAGUAAAAGUUUCAGCGCGCCACAAAUUCGCAAGGAGCAUGAAUUAAAGCACAAUGGCGUGAGGGCAUUUUUCUGCGAAACCUGCGAUCUAACUUUCAAGCGAAAAACACACUUAACGGUUCAUCUUAAAUCCAAGGCGCAUGUCAUGAGAGCAAAAAAUAAAGAUAUUCCUAGUACGGAGAAAGUUUAAGCAAUUAUAAGAUUAAA